CCACUGGCCAAUAUCAUCAGUUUAUCUCAAUCGAAUCAAUCCAGAAUCAAUAUGAAAUUCUUCUCCGUCGUCACGGUCUUCGUACUCGGUCUGCUGGCUGUGGCCAACGCUGUUCCACUGUCGCCCGAUCCAGGAAACGUGAUCAUCAACGGCGACUGCAAGUACUGCAAUGUGCGCGGUGGAAGGUAGGAAGAUUAUUGUACAAGGAUCGAGAAAUCUUCAAGCUGAGACACAAUAGUUAUAACCAUUUAUGCUGACGUCACACAUAGAAUUUAUAAUGCCAAAAAAACAAAUAGAUGAAAAGAAAGGAAUUUACUUUCUUUCGCAAUAGAAAAGAAAACAGUUUUAUUUUGCGUUUUAUUUGUAGCUACGCACAACUAAUCAGUAAACAAAUUUAUUAAAUUUCUCAGGAAAAAUAUGGAACAGGAGUGCGAUAAGCUGUUAAAAAUGUUAUUCCUCAUAAUGUGCAUAGUUAAUAGAUUUCAUUAUUGUCUCUCAAUCAAUGCUCUCAUUUCCUACUGCACUUGAGUCACUCCGAUUCUCCGAUUUUACUAUCGACUAUAUAAGAUCUGGUUCCGUAGAUUGAUCGUUGGACCGGUGUGCAGCUUAUCUAUCUAUUUAAUAAAAAUCAAUAUGAGAUUCUUUAUAGUCAUCACCAUUAUGCUUGGUGUCCUGUCCUUAUCCAAAGGUGUGUAGAAUCUUAAAAAUAAAAGAAUAAAAAAUCAUCUUAUUUUGAAGCUGUUCCGCUGUCACCCGAUCCGGGAAAUGUUAUCAUCAAUGGCAAUUGUGUAAACUGCAAUGUUCGCGGUGGCAAAUAGAGAAUUGUAAUUAAAUAAACCCUAGAAUGUAAAAUGCCUUUUUCCAGUUGUAAUAAAAUAGCGAAAAAUUCAUCAA